AUCCAAGUGUGGGGAUCGGCGAAUGAGCAAAAGACACCCAUGCCGGGCACAGGGUUCUUGGAUCAAUGUGAAGCCCUUAAGAGGGUCGAGUUCCGAAACAUCGAAUGGAGGCACAGGCCUGGUCUAGUCUUCUCGACCGUGACCACUCUCGACAUUGGCCCUUCUUUGGACCUGGUACUCGGCCAAACCUGUAUUCUUCAGCUCUUGCGGUCGUUCCCCGCCAUCAUGAGGCUGCGACUUCUUGCCUUUCCGGAAACGGAAAUGGUAGAGCACGCUCAACCGCUCGACUCGAAGUUCUCGGUUCCAUCCUUGACCCACUUGACCGUUAGUCCAGUCCUGCUGAGGACUUCGCUACAGGGUUUUGAGGAUCGGCGUGUUCUCCCAGCACUCAUGAGUGUCUCCGUACACUUCCAUCCAGGUGAUGAGGAGGAAUAUGAAGGAGACACGGAGCACUCGGAGACAGCACGCCGUAACGAGGACUUGGUCACUGUGG